CUCCUCUGCCGCGUCAUCUGCGCUGGCAUCAACCCGUGCGACGCCAAGUUUCAGAUAGGCGACAAGGUCCCGCACUGGGCGCGGGACGUGGCGAGGAUGGCGAUGGAGGGACGAGCCGUCGGCUUCGACUUCUCCGGGGUCGUAGUAGACGCUCCUCCUGGCUGCCCUGGCUUCAGCAUCGGGGACUCUGUCUUCGGGACGCUGCCGUCGGGCGCGGGGACUUUGACCCACUACGUGCAGGCGCCCAUGGACCAGAUUGCGAAGAAGCCGACGAGCUUGUCGUUUGCUGAGGCAGGUGCGCUGCCGAUUGUCGGGCUGACGGCGAUGCAGGCACUGGUGUUUGACAACCACCUGUCAAAGUCACAGAGGCUGCUGGUGAUAGGGGGGAGUGGGGGCGUCGGACAUGUUGCCAUCCAAAUCGCCAGGGCGAUCGGCGCGCAAGUGACCAGCGUCUGCGGGCCGAGGAACUCAAAGUUUGUCGAGGCUCUGGGAGCUGAGAACAUCAUCGACUACACGAAAGGGAGCGAUUUCAUCCUGUCCGAGCUCAAGAGGCUCACGAGCCUAGAGGGGCCCUUUGACCUCUGUCUCGACACCGUCUCGAGCAACGAGGAGCAGGACGCGGUAUACCAGUACAGGAGGCUGAUUAUGGCCAACAAUGACGGCCGUCGCCUUGUUCGUGGCAAGUACAUCACGAUCGGAGGAAGCACGUCAGAGUGGGCUCGAGCCCUGGUGAAGAAGCUGGUUGGGAUGAACCUGUUCGGGCAGCAGGAGCUGUUCUGGGUCUCUUUUCCCGGCAGCCGGAGAGCUCUAGAGCAGCUGAAGGCAUUGACUGAGGCCCAGCAGCUGCGUCCCACCGUGAGUGAGAUCUUUCCCUUCGAGGAGGAGGCAGUGCAAACAGCGUUCGAGAGGCUGCACAGCAGGAGGACGGUGGGGAAGCUUGUUGUUCAAGUGUCUCCCAAC